AUGGAAGUUGUAGUUUUUCAGCAGACGGCAGCUAUUGAAGGGAAGUUCCACUUGAUGACUAUUGAUGGGGUGGUUGCUUACGAUCCCAAGCUAGGUAAAUGGGACGCUGUCGGACGAGGAUUGCGUUGGCAUAUGUAUCCAGGAGGUUGUUGCGAGAUUGACAAGGUUUUGUACUCUUGUUCUGCUGCUGCUUCGACUGAUGAGAAGGUUGAGGUAGUGCUCGUUUGGUAUGAUUCUAAGGAAAGAACGUGGAGAGAUGUGGUGGGUUUGGUGAGACUUCCUAAGCUCACUCGUAAAUCUAAUGUUAGAGUGGCUGAGUAUGGUGGAAAGAUGGGGGUUAUGUGGGAAGAGGAGUCGUUUCUGUUUUUUCCUUGGGGCGGUUCCUUCAAGAAGAAGAUUUGGUGUGCGGAGAUUAAGCUUGAGAGGCGCAACAGCUGUGAAAUCUGGGGGGAAGUUGAUUGGUUGGAUCAUGUGCUUACAAUCCCUGCAACUUUAAAGCUCGGCAAGGUUCUUGCUGUCACUGUCUGA